AUGGAACUAAUUGAUAUUCCUGUAUUCCUCAACAAUGUACCGAGAACUGCUCCUGCACCAGCAAUUGCAAAUUCUUCUGCGCCAGCACUCAAUUCCACUUCUCCAAGCAGAAUGACAGUUUCUUUACGUCAAAGAUUGUCAAGAUUUGAUAAAAUUUUACAGCUAUCGAUCCGUGAUAGUUACAAGGAAUGCAUGGGCUACCAAAUAUUGCCGUGUGGGUGCAAGACUACCGCAUGUUAUCGACGGCGAACCUCCUUUUGCAUGAUUACCUUCUGGAAGAGACAUUGCUUUUUCUGUUGUAAAAAAGCGAUUUGUCAAAAGAAAGUGAGAUAUCACUACGAACAUUUGGCGGAUGUAGAGAAGAAGAAGAAGUAUUGUGAUAUUGUAAGACUUCCUGCUACUGAAUUAGCGAAGAGAUACCAAUUUCGAGAUCAAGAGGUCAAUAAUGUGAUUAAGCCUAUUUUGUCUCAUCUUACUUACGCAUCACCAAAUAAAACCUGA